CCCAGAGGGAGCCUAGGCCGGGGCGGUAGGCUGUGCUGAUUGCAGAAGAGCUGGAGCCUUCGGUCUCCAUCACCAGCCAUUCAGGCGCAGAAAGAGCGAGGGAGGAAGAAGAGGAGGAGGAGAAGGGGCGAGGGGCGGGGGAGGGAAUCCGAUCCCCCCCGGCUGGCAAUGGCCUGAGCCGAUCCCUUAGGAGAUCCAGCGCCCCUGCUCUGCCUGCCAAGCUGUGGACCGACCAGCCCUGCCUCCUCGCCACCCUGCUCCCCUUUCGCCUGCACAAUGCCAGCUGUGCGGCGUAGCCCCUGCCUACACUAGGGGGAUGUGAGCCGGCGGGCAGGGAGAGCCAUUGUGGGGAAGAGGAGCCAGCCAGAGGAGGCCCAGCCAGGCGAUGAGGUGUGGGCGACCGGAGAAGGCUCCUCGCUGAACCAUGAUGAAGACGGAGCCCCACACCGCCAGCCCUGGCAACAGCAGCAGCGGCAGCCUGCGAAGCGCCUCUCCCCACAGGAACGCCUACGAAGCGGGGAUCCAGGCCCUCCGAGCCACAAAGGAUGCCCUUGGGGCCGCCGAGAGCGAGGAAGCCAAGAAGGCCAGGAACAAGAAGUAUGGCUCCAACGUGCACCGGAUCAAGAACAUGUUCCUGCAGAUGGGGACCGCCCCGCCGGGCGAGGGCACCUGCGACCUGGCCAAGGUGAAGGAGAAGCCCGUCCGGCUCUCCUUGCCCAGGGCCAGCAGCCUGAACGAGAACGUGGACCACAGCGCGCUGCUGAAGCUGGGGACCAGCGUGUCGGAGAGGGUGAGCCGCUUCGACUCCAAGCCCGACAAGCCGGUCUCCAAGCUCCAGGAGACCCGCAAGAUCUUCGAGCGGAGCCUUCAGGAGAAGGAGACCACCAACAAGCUCCUGCUGAGGAAGGAGAGGGCCGGCUUCCAGGACAGGAAGCUGGACGUGGUGGUGAGGUUCAACGGCAGCACGGAGUCCCUGGACAAGCUGGACACGGAGGCCGUGUCGCCCACCGUCAGCCAGCUCAGCGCCGUCUUCGAGAAGGCCGACCUGAGGAACAACCUGCACAAAACCCCCAGCAAAGUCGGGCCCCUCAACUCCAAGAUCGUCAGCAAGAGGUCCCGGGUCUUCCUCCAGGGCCCAGAAGGGGGCAAGGCGGAAGCCAGGGUGGGCGACGGGCCGGCUCUCCAACUGAGAGCCAGGCAGCUUGAGGGCGACAAGGCCCAAGCCAAACCGGUCGCGCCCAGGCCGGGCGAGAAGGACGCCAUGGGCCCACGGGCCCAGAGCGUCCAGGAGGUGCGGAAGAUCAAGCCGGUGGAGGUGGAGGAGAGCGGCGAUUCGGAGCAGGAGUUCGAGGCCGCCGAGCAGGCGGAGGAGACGGCGGCCGAGCAGGACAAGAGCAAGAGCUUCGCGUCUGGGCCCGAGAGGGCCGAGGUGAUCCAGGCCGAGGUGACGGUGCAUGCGGCCUUGGAGAACGGCGGCCUGGCUGCGGAGAAACCCGGGCAGGCCCCGGAAGUGGACGCCUACCCCGAGGAGGAGGGCAAGGCCGAGGGGCAGGAGGAGGCCGACCUGGGCGAUGAGUCCAAGAAGGAGGACUUCUCGGAGGCCGACCUGGUGGACAUCAGUGCGUACAGCGGGCUGGGGGAGGACUCGGGGGGGAGCGGGCUGGACGAGGACGAGGAGGCCGACGGGCUGUACGAGCCCGAGUCGAGCUGCGUGGAGAUCCCCGGGCUGUCGGAGGAGGAGGAGCUGGCUCCCAGCCGCAAGAUCCAGUUCAGCACGGCUCCCAUCCAGGUGUUCAGCACCUAUUCCAACGAGGACUACGACCGCCGGAACGAGGAUGUGGACCCCAUGGCUGCCUCGGCCGAGUACGAGCUGGAGAAGCGGGUGGAGAGGUUAGACCUCUUCCCGGUGGAGCUGGAGAAAGACUCCGAGGGGCUGGGCAUCAGUAUUAUCGGGAUGGGCGCCGGAGCGGACAUGGGUCUGGAGAAGCUCGGCAUCUUCGUCAAGACGGUGACCGAGGGGGGAGCGGCUCACCGGGACGGCAGGAUCCAGGUGAACGACCUCAUCGUGGAGGUGGACGGUACCAGCCUGGUGGGCGUGACCCAGAGCUUCGCGGCCUCGGUGCUGAGGAACACGAGGGGCAGAGUCCGGUUCCUGAUCGGGCGGGAGAAGCCGGGCGAGCAAAGCGAGGUAGCCCAGCUGAUCCAGCAGACGCUGGAGCAGGAGCGGUGGCAGCGGGAGAUGAUGGAGCAGAGAUACACCCAGUACACAGAAGAGGAUGAAGAAACGGGCGAAUAUGCUACGGACGAGGACGAGGAGAUGAGCCCCAUGUUCCCCAGCAGCGAGAUGGCCAUCGAGGUCUUCGAACUGGCUGAGAAUGAGGACAUGCUGUCCCCCGUCGAGAUGGACCCCGAGAAGCUGGUGCACAAGUUUAAGGAGCUCCAGAUCAAACACGCCGUCACCGAGGCCGAGAUCCAGCAGCUGAAGAGGAAGCUGCAGUCCAUUGAGCAGGAGAAGGCUCGCUGGCGAGCCGAGAAGGCCCAGCUGGAGCAGAGCGUGGAGGACAACAAGGAGAGGAUGGAGAAGCUGGAGGGUUACUGGAUGGAGGCCCAGAACCUGUGCCAGGCAGUGGAUGAGCACCUGAAAGAGACGCAAGCCCAGUACCAGACCCUGGAGCGGAAAUACAGCAAGGCCAAGCGGCUCAUCAAGGAGUAUCAGCAGAAGGAGAUCGAGUUCCUCAAGAAGGAGACGACCCAGAGGCGCGUCCUGGAGGAGUCGGAGCUGGCCCACAAGGAGGAAAUCGACAAGCUCCAGGAGAAGAUCUCUGAACUGGAGGGGAAGCUGCAGACCUUGAAAAUUUCAAACCCGACUUGUGGGGUCUGCUGGGCCCUGGCAAACUGCGGAAGAGACGCCAGGGAAAGCAGCCUGAGCAGAGGACAGCACAAAGGUAGCCCAGGCGGGCUGAGAACCGAGUCCAGGAGCCAGGCCCCGGGGAGCCCAGACGGGCUGAGAACCAAGUCCAGGAGCCAGGCCGUGGGGAGCCCAGACGGGCUGAGAACCGAGUCCAGGAGCCAGGCCGCAGGGAGCCCAGACGGGCUGAGAACCGAGUCCAGGAACCAGGCUGCAGGGAGCCCAGACGGGCUGAGAACCGAGUCCAGGAGCCAGGCCGCAGGGAGCCCAGACGGGCUGAGAACCGAGUCCAGGAGCCAGGCCGCAGGGAGCCCAGACGGGCUGAGAACCGAGUCCAGGAGCCAGGCCGCAGGGAGCCCAGACGGGCUGAGAACCGAGUCCAGGAACCAGGCCCCAGGGAGCCCAGACGGGCUGAGAACCAAGUCCAGGAGCCAGGCCCCAGGGAGCCCAGACGGGCUGAGAACCGAGUCCAGGAGCCAGGCCGCAGGGAGCUCAGAUGGGCUGAGAACCGAGUCCAGGAUCCAGGCUGCAGGGAGCUCAGACGGGCUGAGAACCGAGUCCAGGAUCCAGGCCCCGGGGAGCCCAGACGGGCUGAGAACUGAGUCCAGGAUCCAGGCCCCGGGGAGCCCAGAUGGGCUGAGAACCGAGUCCAGGAGCCAGGCCCCAGGGAGCCCAGACGGGCUGAGAACCGAGUCCAGGAACCAGGCCGCAGGGAGCUCAGACGGGCUGAGAACCGAGUCCAGGAACCAGGCCCCAGGGAGCUCAGACGGGCUGAGAACCGAGUCCAGGAGCCAGGCCGCAGGGAGCCCAGGCGGGCUGAGAACUGAGUCCAGGAACCAGGCUGCGGGGAGCCCAGACAGGCUGAGAACCGAGUCCAGGAGCCAGGCCGUGGGGAGCCCAGAUGGGCUGAGAACCGAGUCCAGGAGCCAGGCCCCAGGGAGCCCAGAUGGGCUGAGAACCGAGUCCAGGAGCCAGGCCCCAGGGAGCUCAGACGGGCUGAGAACCGAGUCCAGGAACCAGUCCCCAGGGAGCCCAGAUGGGCUGAGAACCGAGUCCAGGAGCCAGGCCGCAGGGAGCCCAGACGGGCUGAGAACCGAGUCCAGGAGCCAGGCCGCAGGGAGCCCAGACGGGCUGAGAACCGAGUCCAGGAGCCAGGCCCCUGGUAGCCCAGACGGGCUGAGAACCGAGUCCAGGAGCCAGGCCCCAGGGAGCCCAGACGGGCUGAGAACCGAGUCCAGGAGCCAGGCCCCAGGGAGCCCAGACGGGCUGAGAACCGCGUCCAGGAACCAGGCUGCAGGGAGCUCAGAUGGGCUGAGAACCGAGUCCAGGAUCCAGGCCCCUGGUAGCCCAGACGGGCUGAGAACCGAGUCCAGGAGCCAGGCCGCAGGGAGCCCAGACGGGCUGAGAACCGAGUCCAGGAGCCAGGCCGCAGGGAGCCCAGACGGGCUGAGAACCGAGUCCAGGAGCCAGGCCGCAGGGAGCCCAGACGGGCUGAGAACCGAGUCCAGGAGCCAGGCCGCAGGGAGCCCAGACGGGCUGAGAACCGAGUCCAGGAGCCAGGCCCCAGGGAGCCCAGACGGGCUGAGAACCGAGUCCAGGAGCCAGGCCCCAGGGAGCUCAGAUGGGCUGAGAACCGAGUCCAGGAUCCAGGCCCCUGGUAGCCCAGACGGGCUGAGAACCGAGUCCAGGAACCAGGCUGCAGGGAGCCCAGACGGGCUGAGAACCGAGUCCAGGAGCCAGGCCGCAGGGAGCCCAGACGGGCUGAGAACCGAGUCCAGGAGCCAGGCCGCAGGGAGCCCAGACGGGCUGAGAACCGAGUCCAGGAGCCAGGCCGCAGGGAGCCCAGAUGGGCUGAGAACCGAGUCCAGGAGCCAGGCCGCAGGGAGCCCAGACGGGCUGAGAACCGAGUCCAGGAGCCGGGCUGCAGGGAGCCCAGACGGGCUGAGAACCGAGUCCAGGAGCCGGGCUGCAGGGAGCCCAGAUGGGCAGAGAACUGAGUCCAGGAGCCGGGCUGCAGGGAGCCCAGACGGGCUGAGAACCGAGUCCAGGAGCCAGGCUGCAGGGAGCCCAGACGGGCUGAGAACUGAGUCCAGGAGCCGGGCUGCAGGGAGCCCAGAUGGGCAGAGAACUGAGUCCAGGAGCCAGGCUGCAGGGAGCCCAGACGGGCUGAGAACCGAGUCCAGGAGCCGGGCUGCAGGGAGCCCAGAUGGGCUGAGAACUGAGUCCAGGAGCCAGGCUGCAGGGAGCCCAGACGGGCUGAGAACCGAGUCCAGGAACCAGGCCCCAGGGAGCUCAGACGGGCUGAGAACCGAGUCCAGGAUCCAGGCCGCAGGGAGCCCAGACGGGCUGAGAACCGAGUCCAGGAGCCAGGCUGCAGACUCUGCACUGAAAUGGAAGGACGAUCGUUAUGUGCCAGUGGAUUUAUCGGAUAAUCACAUGGUGCAAGGAGAAGGGGGCAGCAGGGCUGGGGGAAAGGGAGGGAGAGAAGUGGGGUGUGAUGAUACGGGGGAUCUUGCUAUACCACUUGGUCCCUCUGCCACCCUCCCUCACACACUGCCCCCAGGAUCCAGCGGCUUGGUCCAGCUCCGGAGCCUGGCUAUCUCCAGGGUGCUCCCGUGGGGAUCCGACGGGUCCCACGGCUGCAGCUCCGUGCGCCGGGCACGUCCGGCUCCACCCCGUACCUGCCCUGCCAUGUCGUCCUCCAAACGCCGAGACGCCGACGAGGUUUUCGAUUUUAAUGAUGUGAUUCCAGAGACCCAGAGGCUGGACAGCAGUUUGCAGAAGGCCCGAGCCCAGCUGUCGGCCAAGGGCAGGCGGCACCGCCCGUCCCGGUCCCGCUUGAGAGACAGCGUCAGCUCGGCGGAAGGGGACGAGAGCCUGGAGAGGAAGGUGGCCGAUAAACAUGGCAGCCCGCGGCACCGCAUGAGAUCCCCGCUGCACGCCACCCUGCAGGUCUCCUCGCCCCUCUCCGGCUCCUCCCCCUUCCUCCGCGCCACCGAGUUCUCCUUCGACGCCGCCGUGGUCAGGAGGACGCUGGAGGAGGACGAGCAGCCUUCGUCCCCGCUGAUCCGCUACCAGCCCCUGACCAACGCUUCCUCCCACGAGGCCUUGGGAUGCACCCCCACCAGCUCGCCCCCCAAGUCCUGCCACAGCUCGGACAGCUCGCCCCUCUACACCCGGAGGGACCGCCGGGCGGAGCGGCACAGCGAAGAUGACACAAGCCCAUCAGAGCCCGCCAGCCCCACCAUCGGGCUUGACAAGAAGACCCGGAGGAAGUUCCUGGAUUUGGGGGUGACCCUGAGACGAGCCUCUUCCAGCAAAAGCAGGAAAGAGAAGGGGAGCAACCGGUUGUCCAUGGGCAGCAGGGAGCUGGUGGAGGGCUCCAGCCGCUCGUCCGUGUCCCCGUUCAUGCCCUUCUCCUGGUUCACGGACAGCGGGAAGGGCUCGGCCUCGUCCGGCAGCACCGUCUCCCCGACCCGCUCGCCCAAGAGGGAGGGCUUAAGCCCCAAGAAAUCUGCUUCCCAGGACUCCACCCUGAGCGACGACUCCACCCCGCCCAGCAGCAGCCCCAAGACGCUGAGCAGCGGCGCCAGCGAGACGAAAUGCUCCUACCCCUACCACACCCUGUCCCAGUCCUCCGACGAGUUCCUGGACGAGCCCCUCAGCGCCGCCACCAGCUGGAGCAGCCAGCAAGUGGGCCAGUGGCUGGAGAGCCUGAACCUGGAGCAGUACGUGGACGAGUUCGUGGCCCGCGAGGUGGACGGCCAGCAGCUGCUGCACCUGGAUGGAGCCAAGCUGAAGGCCCUCGGCGUCAGCAGCUCCACCGACCGGGCCUUGCUGAAGCGGAAGCUGAAGGACCUGAGCGUGGCGGUGGAGAAGGAGCGGAAAGCCCAGGAGAAGGUGGAGAAGCAGAGGGAAAAGCAGAAGAAGAAAGAGCAGGAGCAGCAGCGGAGGAGUUAGGGAGGGCGAGUUGGCACACGGCUCCCGGCGCGGGGAGGGACAGAAGGAGACCUCCCCUGCCCAGGCGAGGGGGAAUCAGGGGCACACCGACCGGGAGAGACACCGGCCCCAACAGGGGAUCAGCCCAGGGGUCAGUCUUUGGCUUGGGGU